AUGAAAACUAAUAAUAAUAACAAUAAUAAUAAUAGUAUUAAUAAUAUUGCAAAUAAUAAAAAUAUUAAAAAUAAUAAUAAUAAUAAUAAUAAUAAUAAUAAUAAUAAUAAUAAUAAUAAUAAUAAUAAUAAUAAUAAUAAUAAUAAUAAUAAUAAUAAUAAUAAUAAUAAUAAUAAUAAUAAAAUUGAAAUUUAUAAUGAAAAAUUAUUUUUUUCCAUUUGGAGAAAUAUUGUUAUAAAUAGAAAAAUAAUUGACUAUAUACAUGGUUAUAAUUUAAAUAAAGAAAAACUCUUUUUUCGAAUAUGGAGAAAUGUUUAUCUUCGUAAAUUUAUAUUUUCUUUAAAUCAAACACAACUUCAGCAAGAUCAAGAAUUUGAACUUUAUGAGUAA